AAUUCUCGAGACUACGAAGUAGGCUUAGAAAUAAGAAGAAUUUUAUACAACUAUCACAUUCACUCCAAAGUUAAGUCACGCUAUAGAAUAGUCCAAAAUGUCAAAAUUACUUUGGUGUUUCGUCGUCCUUGCCUGUUUAUGUACUUUAUUGGAAUUAGCAGAAAGUAAAUCAGUGGUUGAAAGGCAAGUUUACGAGGAUUUGACACAAGGAAAAAAUGUUAGAAAUAAAAGAGCAGUUGACGUCGUAACUGGAGUGAAAAAUGCCGUAUUAGGAUUUGUUUUUAACAAAUUAAACUCAUUCAUCGAUCAGAAGACCCACUGGAUUGCCGAAUUAGAUAAACAAAACAUAGCAAAGAACGAAGCUGCAAAUAUCGUACCUCCAGCUGAUCCGGUAACAUCCCUAUCUUCAGUAAUUUCAGGAGCCAUUGGACAAAAAUUACAAGCUUCCGCUCCACUUUUGAACAUAGUUACUAGUAAGCUCGGUGGACUCAGCUCAGGCGGUGGAGGAUUCAAUAUAGGCGCUCUCCUGACUAAAGGUCUAGGUAGUAGUAGCAGCGGCAGUAGCGGUGGAGCCCACGACAAAGCAGACGCGUAAUUAUUCGGGAAUUGUCUAAUUAGUGCACUGCCAUACAAUUUUGCUCAAUAAGUCAAUCUAUUACUGUUUAAUCCAGCUUAGGAUUAACCUUCAUAUUGCUCAGUUUAGGUUUUGAGAUUGUUCAAUUAACUGAUUCAAAAAUGGUAAUUGAAUUUAUUUCUCACAAAUCAAAUUCUAUUUUUAUAGUAAUGUGAAUAUGAAAUAACUUAUAUGCUUUAUUCUAAGAAUAUUUCUGUAAAUAACCGCCAAGUCAGGAUUUUAAGGAUAAAAGUUAUUUGGUAAUAUUGAAUACAUGACAUCAUUAUUCCUUAUCGGGACCGACGUACAAAGAAUAUAAAGUAGGAUACGAAAUAAAGUGAUUGGUAUAAUUUUUUUCCAACUAGAUAAUCUAAGUGAAGAAUUUUUGUCAUAUUGAACUCACUAUGCUGAUAAUUUUUAUUUCCACUCUUCGUAGGUGAUCUUCAACAUCAACGACAAUUAAUUUGAAAUUUUUCUUUAGUAAUAAACUUGUUCUAACAAAUCUCUGCUAUGUUUUCCAAUUAUCUUAAUACCUUUUCAAGUAGUAGUAAUUUUCUUGCUUUGAAACAUAUUAUUUACCAAUUCAAUCAUGAUUCAGAGGUUGUGCUUUAUGGUUCAUUAAUUGCCAGGAUCCAGAAAACCCUCAAAACUAUCCCAUUCAUUUACUUUUUCUAUUUCUAAUUCUUCUAAUUUCCAAGAUAAUCUGUUUCAUUUCGGCGUAAGAGAUGCCCCGUUUCAUUAUUUACAAUAGUUGUUCAUUGUCACUUUCCGUUCUGGAAUCAUUUACCGAUAGUACAAAGUCAACUGAUAACUCCAAAGGUCUUCUGAAUUGAGUUGUGUCUAUCUAAUCAUCUUUUUUAUUUUCUCUCCAUUAAUUCUUGGUUGAGUUGCUCUGCAUGUUUUGCAAUCAGUUUUAUUUGACCAUAUAUUAUGAUUCCGUGUCUAUUGCAUCUUUCAACAAACUUCACUUUAGUAUUACAAAUCCAGGAGAGUGUGUCGAGAUGCUAUUACCCAUCCAUCCUCAAAGAUUGAUAUUUCGUUUUCUUCCAAAAUAAAUUUUGAUCCCGAUUUUCUCUUACAGCAAUUUUUUCUUGAAAGUCCGCUUUGGUAACUAUGAUGUCCGUAUUCUGAGCAGAUAAGACCUUUAAUCGUUUUCCGCAACUUGCCCAUUUUUUUCAGGAUAAUUGUAUUCCAAUAAUUCUAAAAGUUAACCAGGGAGCGCUUUAUGAGGUUAAAUAUUUUCUACACUAUAGGAUUUGUUCUUAUUUCCAUAUUACUGAACCUUAUAAUUGCCGUACACAACCAAUACAUCACCAAAGGUUUUUAUCCACAUUUUUAUUGAUCAUCUUUUUACAGGAAUAGAUAGCGUUGAUUCCUUUCUUCAUUCUUUCUUCCACGUUUCCUUUAAUAUUUAACUUACUUUUAUAGAUAAAAUUAUCAUAAUUUGAAUUCUUUUUCACAAGAUGUGAAGUAUCUUGCAGAGUUUCCUCAAGUAUUUUUUCAAAGUCUUACAAAUAUUUCUUUUGUGAAUUUUAUGCAAUGAAACUUAUCUCUGUUCGGAGGGUUUGACUAAAAUAACCCUUAGACACAUAUUCAUCAUUUUUUUAACUCAACUGAUCUAUUUUGCAGAUUAUUUCAAAAUGAUUCUGUUUGUUAUGAUUUUCUUAUUAUCAUUUAUUAUUUCUCUUAGCCUUAGGCCAUUAUUUUCAAAGUAAUUAAUCUGGAGUUGCCUUUUUCAGAAAUAUAUGCAUUCCAAUGCAUCCCUCUGUUUUCUCCAAUGUUUAAUAUAAAUUUACAGGUGCUUCAGAAUAUUUUUACUAUAGAAGCAACAAAAAGUAUUUUACGUAUUUCGCAUUUCAAAAUUUUUCAAAAAUUAUCAUUUUAUAGCGAUAAAAUUUGUUAUAAGUUUGCUUAUUGAGCUUUCUCAGUUUUUCUUUAUCAAAUGUAAAGUCCCACAUAUUUCCUCGUUAAUGCUUGAGUUAAUACUAUUUUUACUAUGAAAGUGGAAUUUCAAAUCAUUUUCUGAUGACAAUGGUUGUAAAUGUUAAUAAACUACGAAGUAAAACAAUUAUAUUAUAAAAAACAUUUAUCGAAAUAUUUCUUUAUAACUUAGAAUUUAUUCAAAACUUUCUAAAUUUUCAUAAUAAAUUCCUAUUAUAUUCGUAUUGCAAUAAUCAAAUUAUCAUAAACGAAGGUUAUUUUGAACAAUUUUAAAGCCAUUAAAAUCAUUGAGCAUGUUUAUUCCAUUCGAAUUUAAAUUUUUUUGUAAUCGAUAGAUGUCUUAAUCAUGACCCCUCGUAUCCUCAUGCAAUUAAAAUAAUUUUAUCAAUUAACAUACGUGAAGAAUAUCAAUUACUUAAUUUAUUAUUAUUUUAUUUUUUUUUCUGUAAACAUUUUCUCUUUUAUACGAAUUUGUAUAUAAUUCGAUUAUUGUUUGUUUUUAAUAAAUUUUUUUGUAGAUUUUGUAUAUAAAGUUUAAAUAAAAAUGUGUUGUAUAUA